GAGCUCCGAGUUACACUUCCAAAAUCUCGUUUGGAUCUCGCCACGAUGGACAAGGACAUGCAGUGGGUCCACCGGGGCUACGGCAAGAACCACGUGAAGCUGCUGCACCUUCGUCGGGAGGGUCCUGUGCACAGCGUCAAGGAGUACGAGGUCAACACGGCGCUCACCCUCGACAGCGACAAGGACUACAUCGUCGGCGACAACUCGGACAUCAUCGCGACGGAUUCGCAGAAGAACACGGUCUACAUCCUGGCCAAGAACCAUGGGGUGAAGUCGCCGGAGGACUUCGCCCUCCUGCUGUGCUCCCACUUCCUCAGCAAGUACAGCCACGUGGUCUCCGUCAAGGUGGACGUGGAGGAGUACCCCUGGCGGCGCCUCGUCACGGAGGGCAAGGCGCACAACCACGCCUUCCUCUUCUCGCCGGAGGUCCUCCACACGUGCUCCGUCUCGCAGGACCGCGGAGGGCAUCCGCUCGUGUGGACCGGCCUGCAGGGCAUGCGGGUCCUCAAGACGACCCAGUCCUCCUUCACCAACUUCGUCAGCGACGAGUUCCGCUCCCUGCCCGACAUGGAGGACCGCCUCUUCUCCACGGUGGUGGCCGCGUCGUGGCAGUACGAGGACGUCAAGGACAUCGACUUCGGCAGAAUCUGGAUAAAGAUGCAGAAGAUAAUCUACGAUAAGUUUGCCGGUCCUCCCGACUACGGCAUCUACUCGCCAUCGGUCCAGAACACCGUCUUCCUCAUCCAGGACACGGCGCUCAAGGAGAUCCCGCAGAUAACCCAGAUAAAGGUGACGAUGCCCAACAAACACUACUAUGGCGUCGACCUCAGCAAGUUCCCGGAUGUGGGAAGCCAGACAAACGAAGAUGUUUUCCUUCCAAUCGACAAGCCAUCAGGAAAUAUUUCCGGCACCCUCGGGAGAAAGAUGUCAUCAAAACUCUAAGAAAUGAAAGAAAAAGAAUGAUCAAAAUAUGAACUGAUGAUGAUAAAUGAUGUUAAAAUCACCUGCUUGGUUAGAAAGCCACUAUAUUACAUGGGAAUCGUAAGUUUGUAUUUCAUCCUGCCGGAGCCACGUAUAUCCUUGUGUCGUAUCGUAACUGGACUGAGUUAAGGAGAGACGCGUAAUAAAGGGCGUCGGAAUAAUGAGUUAGGAACCGAACCCGAAGCUUGUUUCGAACUUUCUCGCAUCGUGUCUCGCUCAGUUUGAGUCCGUUCAGAAGCUGUCUCUUAUCAAAAUAGAUUUGGUAUUUUGCAGAAAAGGUCUUCUUCUCCUCAUAACAGCUUAUAUGUAAAACGAUGAGUAUUGCCACUUCAAUCAGUCACUUCAGUCAGUCACACAGCUUAUAACCCAGUGGAGUAUCGCCACUUCAGUCUGUCACUUCAGUCAGUCACACAGCUUAUAAACCACUUCAGUCAACCACACACUUUAUAACCUAGUGUAGUAUCAUCUCGUCAGUCAGUCACUUCAAUCAGUCACACAGCUUAUAAACCAGUGAAUCAUCAUCACUUCAAUCAGUCACACAGUACAUAACCCAGCGGAGUCGCGUCACGUCACUCACUUCAGUCAGAUUCAGUAAAUACGAGACGUUCAUAAAUUUCGAAUCAUUCAGAGAACGACCAAUAAGCUGCCAGUGACUCGAGCAGCAGUGUAGCUCAGCUGAUACGCGCAACCUCACCCUUCAACAAAGACUUUAUAAGUAAUAAGGGCUUGUAAGUAAUACGUACUUGUAUAGACCUUAUACUUGUAGCGUGUACUUAUAGAAUCCUUUUAAAAUGAUGUGCAAAAUAAGCUGAGAGGUUCCUUCAAGUGUUACGCUGGGGUUACUUAUGAUAUCCUGUUCUGCGAGUAUUCAACAUUACUUAUAAGAAGGAUAAGUGAUUAGAGAAUAGUAUGUUCAUGGUGUUACUAAUACAUAUGUAUAUAUAGAGAGAGAUUUUACAUUUUUUGGCAAAUCACGUUUAACAUAAUUGUUGUUUUGUUUAACAAUAAAUGGUCGAAAUGUGUCUUUUUUGAGAUGUUUAGGCCUGUGCUAAUAAACUAAUAUAUUUUGUUAAUAUGUUGUUAAAAAUAAAGUUUUAAAACAUC